AUGUGCUCUUGGUGGUUCAGGGCAGGAAAUGUGAACGCCGAGUAUCGGAGGUACUCCAGGAAGGACGAUCAGAUGAGCAGCAGCGAAGGAGGUCAAGGCGCUGGGGAGAGCGACAAUACCAAGAGUGGCCACACGGGGGCAAAGGACGACAACAACAACGAAGAGUACGAGAACUACGACGAGCUCGUGGCCAAGUCGUUACUGAACCUGGGAAAGAUCGCAGAAGAUGCCGCCAACCGAGCCCUGACCGAGUCGGAAAUGAACAGCAACUCAUCCCACAGUGCUGAGGAAGAGGAGGACGAGGAGGAUGAAGACGAAGAGGAAGAGGAGGAGGAAGAAGAGGAGGAGGAAGAAGAAGAAGAAGAGGAAGAAGAGGAGGAGGAGGAGGAAGAAGAGGAGGAGGAAGUGGAAGCUGACGAGGCGCAGAGAGGAGACUUGAGAGUGGACGUGGACAGUGAUGUUGUGCGAGAGACCGUGGACUCCCUGAAGCUUCUGGCCCAGGGUCACGGGGCGGUUCUGUCCGACAACAUGGACGAACCCUACGAGGACUGCGGCGCCAACAACCACGGAGACAGCGGCUGCUCCCUCAACGGGCCAAUGGGCCACAACGGGCAGAUAAAGACUGGGAAUGGGCUGGACAACAGCGACGAGGAGGUGUGUCUGAGCAGUCUGGAGUGCCUACGCAACCAGUGUUUUGACCUGGCGCGCAAACUCAGCGAAACCAAGACUGCGGAUCGAAACGGGUCGUCCCAACAAAAUCAUUUCUCCUGCGAUGAUGCGAACCAACAAUCCCAUCACCAAGGGUACGCAAAUUACCACCACAACCCGGAGGACAGACUUCGGGCUCUUGAUAGGAACUAUUCAGACAUGGACAAUCUUCUGAAGCUGGAGGAGCAGCUGAGCCCGCGGUCAAAGACGUUUGCUAGCUGUGUUCAAGAGGAGCGCUAUCACCAGAACCACCGGGACUUUGACGAGGACACGGCCUCAGUGACGUCAGACCGCUCUGAGGAAGUGUUUGACAUGACGAAGGGGAACUUGUCGCUGUUGGAAAAGGCAAUUGCACUAGAGUCUGAACGAGCCAAGGUAAUGCGGGAUAAAAUGGCAGCGGAGGCAGCGCGGAGAGAAGGAGUGAGGUACAGCCACGACGACCACGGCCAUCGGCACAGCUACGGCGUGGAGCGAAAAGCACGGCUCCCUGAUGGCAUGAAGAAGCCAUUUUAUCAUAAAGAUGUUUCGCGGGCAGACAAAAAGGAGAGUCGAUGUCCCACACCGGGCUGCGAUGGCACGGGUCAUGUGACCGGCCUGUACCCGCACCACCGGAGCCUGUCGGGCUGUCCGCACAAAGACAGAGUGCCUCCAGAAAUUGUGGCUAUGUAUGAGAAUGUUCUUAAGUGUCCUACGCCUGGCUGCACGGGACGUGGCCAUGUCAAUAGCAACAGAAAUUCCCAUCGAAGUCUGUCAGGGUGUCCCAUCGCAGCAGCAGAGAAACUGGCCAAAGCCCAAGAGAAACACCAGGGCUGUGAGGGCCCCAAGUCCAACCAAUCCUCCGACCGUGUCCUAAGCACGCCACGCUCCAACCUGGCCAAGGAGCUGGAGAAAUACUCCAAGACCAGCUUCGACUACAGCGCCUUCGAUGGGAGCAACAGCCACCAGGUGUACGGGAAACGGGCCAUCGCACCCAAACUUCAUGGACACAGGGACACGUCCCCGAAAGGAUAUGACGCCAAACGUUACUGCAAAAACUCCAGCUCUGCCAGCAGCACCACCAGCACCUACGGCCCCAGCAGCAGCAGCAGUAGCAUGAGCUGUGGAGGGCCUGUAGGGGGCGCCGGUGGGGGAGGAGGCAGCAGCGCCAGCAGCACCUGCAGCAAGAGCAGCUUCGACUUCAGUCACGACUUGGAGGCAGCUCACAUGGCAGCCACGGCCAUCCUCAACCUGUCCACACGCUGCAGAGAACUGCCCCACGGCAUGGGCGGCAAGCCUCCAGACCUGUGCGCACAGAGCCCCAGCCUAGAUGUGGAUGAGAACGGUACGUUGGACCUGAGUAUGAGCAAGCAUCUGUGCACGGCUGACGGGGACUCGGUUCUUACUCCUCUAGAACCCAUGUCCCCCCAGCGGCAGGCCGCCCUGCUGGGCUCACGCUGCUACAGCAUGGGGGACCCCGCAGACUGCUGGGACCUGCCUGUAGACUACACCAAGAUCAAACACAUAGACGAGGACGAUAAAGAGGACGACCUGGACCCUUUCCAUGACCUUCUGGACGACAGCUCCUUCACUACAGACGUGAACAUGCCCAGCCCCAAGCCCAAGUACAGCCAGUGCAAGGAGAGCAAGAAGGACAUGAUAACUCUCUCAGGUUGUCCUUUAGCAGAUAAAAGCAUUCGGAGUAUGCUGGCCAACAACGCACAAGAGCUCAAGUAA